GCGUGUUCAAAGUGCAAAGUCAAUAAACCCUCUUAGACUGAAAAUGGCGGACCCUGUGAGCACCUGUGCUUACAACCUGUUGUACCAAGAUCUGAAGAAGUUCUCAAAAAAUGGGGAGCAUUUCUGUAAGGAGCUCAUGACAGUAUUUCAGCAAAGAGCUGAGCUGGAGAUCAGUUAUUCCAAGGGACUUCAGAAGCUUGCUGGAAAACUCAUGAAGGCAUCCAAAGGAAUGAAUGACAAUUCCACAUACCGAGCAUGGUGCCAUGUAUCUGAUGACAUGUACUCUACAGCAGACACACACAGAGCACUAGGAAGUGCUUUUCAGGCAGAGGCAAUUUUAGAAAUUCGACAAGUCAUUGAGGAGCACAACAAGAGGAAGAGACCUCUUGAUAAUGUUGUUGAAAGAAAUGCUAAACUUGUUGUGACGAACUGGAGUGAACAAAUCAAGAUGAAGAAGAAAUUGGUUGGAUUGACAAGAGAGCAUGAGGCCCUGUUCAACUUUGUUGAAAAGAAUACACACAUUUGCACAGAAAAAGAAAAACAGAAGAUGCUGACCAGACUGACAAAGUCUGCUGAGGCCCAGACCAGAACAGAUGAGGAGUACUUCACCAUCAACAUGGAUGGCCAUGAAAUCAGACUGAAGUGGGAAAACACACUGAAAAACUGCUACCAGAUAAUCCAGGAGGUUGAGAAACAGCGGAUAGACGUUCUGUGCAACAUAUUGAGUAAAUACAACCUCCACAUGGCAAGCUUCAGACACACCCUUGUACAUAGACAGAAACAAAUAGAACAAGCCAUCCAGAAAGUUGACGUGGAAAAGGAUAUCCAAAAUCUGGUGGAGGAGACCAGUGUAACAGCAGAGGAGAACAAGGCUAAGUUUCUGAUGACUGAUUAUUUUGAGGAGGACAGUAAGUCAUUGAUGGAAAAAGACAGGAGAAGAGAUGCCAUCAAGUCCAAACUCCAGCGGCUGGGGGACAGUAUCGCAAAAACAAAGAAAGACUGUGAAGGUCUUGAGAGACUGGUGAAGACUUACUCUGAAAACCCAUCGUUCUCAAACAAAAAGAACCUGGAAGAAACGGAACAGUUGAUUGAUGAGACCACUCUGAAACUGAACCUUCUUGAAGCAACUUAUUGCAAACUCUCCAGCACAUUGGCUGAAUUGGAGGGAAAACCUAAGACUUUGCAUCGAUUCAGUGCCAGUAUAACAAAAUGGAAAGAAAAAGAUUGCGAGCACAGUAUUGUUCAGCUGUCCCGUCCAGUCAAAAUCAGAAAGACACCGUUCAGAUCGCGUUUGAGGAGCUCCAUCAUUUACAAAGGACCCCCUCAGAGUGUGACAUCAGCAGAGGCCUCAUCAGUAGAAGUAAACCAAGUCUACACUGCUGUCAUCCAAGAUACUGCAGCCCCAGGGGAAUGUGGCUCUGUCAAUGGAGCCAUGUCCUUGACUGAUGACAAGAAAGGAGGUGCAGAGUGCUGUAGCAUUGGGAAAUGCAGAGCUGUCUAUGAUUUCACAUCAGACAGAGAUGAUGAGUUGAAUAUGAAAGAAGGAGACCUUCUUGACAUCUAUCAAAAAGAAGACAGCGGUUGGUGGUAUGGGAUAUUGAAUGGACAGAUAGGCCAUUUUCCAUCAACCUACAUUGAGGAGCUGCCCAUGUUAAGUGUUGUAGAAACAUCAGAUGUAUGAGUCAGUGUUGGCGCAAAUGGACAGGGUAAAGCAUUGAUCUUGUUACAAGAUUAAAGUAAUACGUCAAUCAACA